UCACUCUUUCGCCGUCAACACUUGAUUCCCUCCACGCUCAUCGCCCAAAAUGGCGCCGGUAGCGGCCGGCACGGACGACCGGCAGGUGCAGGUGCGGUUCACGACGCGUCUGCCGGCACACCUGACGGUGCCGUCAACGCCGUUCGCGGUGCCCGUCAGGCUCACCCGCUACGGUCUCUCGGAAGUGAUCAACACGCUGCUCGGCCGAGACGCACCACAGCCGUUCGAUUUCAUUGUGGAUGGACGGCUGCUGCGAUCCUCCCUGCGCAAGUGCCUUCUCACGUCAGCACUCUCCACGGAGCGGGUGAUCCCCAUCGAGUACACGCUAGCAGUGCGCCCGCCCUCCGCCUCCCUUGCUGCGCCUCACGAGGACUGGGUCUCUGCUGUCUCUGCUGCCCUCCCCAGUGCGAUCGUGUCUGGCUCCUAUGACUCGCAUGUGCGCCUCUUCUCCGUCCCUCCUGCCUCCGCUGCUGCCACCACAGCUGGGCCGAGCGCCAGCACUGAUGCUACUGCUGCUGCUGGUGCUGGUGGUGCUGAUGGUGGUGCUGGCAGUGGCAGCGCCAGCUGCAUUCAAGUGGCAGCAGCGCACUCUGAUGCCGUCACUCACAUCGCUGCCCUGCCAGCCGCCAAUGCUUUUGUUUCCUCGUCAAAGGACCGAACGUUGCGCCUCUGGCAGCUUUCUGGCGACAGCAGCGAGCCGUCGACUGGUCCCUCCUCCCUGCGCGCGGCAGUGGUGGCGGUGAUGCGCGGCCAUGCUGCUGCAGUGCAGUGCGCUGCCGUGCACGCACGCACGAAUAAGCUCGCAUCCGGAGGGUGGGACAGCGCCAUCAAGCUCUGGUCGCUGCCCAAGCUGGGUGCCAAGGCAGGGGCGCGGGGAGGGGAGGAAGGCAGGGCGGGUGGGGAUGGGGAGGGAGGAACCGGUGAAGAGGCCGAAGGAGAGGAGGGGGCGGGGGAGGGAGCAGAGGGAAGGGGGCAAGCACGGAAGAGAGUGCGGACUGCUGCUGGCAGCGUGGAGGCAGAGGGCGUGGAGCUCUCGCCGGACCUCUCCCUCGAGGGCCAUUCGCAGUGCGUGGCCGCCCUCGCAUGGCCGUCGAGUAACUCGCCGCUCUUCUCUGUGUCGUGGGAUCACUCGCUGCGCUCCUGGGAUGUAGAGGCUGCUGCUUCAGUUAGUGUGCGGACAAGCGCCCAUCCGCUGCUGGCAGUGGCAGCAGGGGGAGGGGGGAUGGCUUCGCUGGCAGCAGUGGGGGGGGCUCACCCCACUAUUCUCCUCUGGGACAUGCGGUCAGCCACCUCCGUGCUCUCCCCGUCAGUGCAGCUGCUGGGCCACACGGAUUGGAUCUCCUCUCUCUCAUGGUCUCCCUCCAAUCCUCUUCAUCUGCUCUCCUCCUCCUACGAUGGCUCUCUCAAAAUCUGGGAUCUCCGCUCCUCUGUGCCGCUGCACACCGUCAAGGCUCACUCAGACAAGGUGCUGUGUGCGGACUGGUGGAAGGGCGGCGAUGCAGUGGUCAGUGGCGGUGCGGACAACCACCUGCGCAUCUUCACACACCAGUCAUCCUUCCCAGCUGCAUGAUCCGUUGGUGUGUGCGCUCAUGUUGAAAUCACGCAGCCAGCCUUCCUGUUAAUCGGGAUAAACUGUGCUGCUGCUCACGUUGUGCCAGAGUUACGCACACGGAAUGUGGUGCAGUGCUGAACCAGUGCUUCAGUGGUCCUCCCACAUUGUGUCGCAUCAGCAGCAACACUGAGGACAUUAAUCUAAUACAUUCGUCAAGUCAGCGGCGGGUUGUGCUCUUCAUUUUCCCUCCGUGAGGACAAACAUGCGGCAUUGGCAAUGUUCAAGCGUGAAGCAAAACAAAACUACAGGCCGUAACGUGUGCAGCAAACAUAAGCAACAG